GCAGGCAGCAGGAAGGGAACAAAAACCUCGCGGGACACCUGUGAUGCUGGAUACCCCCUCUUUUGGGGGUUUAUUGAAGCUGGAUUUGAGCUCUAACUCACACCUGAAUAGUGGAUGAUGAAGAUGAGGAGCGGUGGUGUUUGAGAGGGGGGGAUGUAGACGCUGAAACAAGCGAGAAAAUCCACCUCUUUCCACGGUGACGGAGCGGUGCACGGCAGCGGCGCCACCAGCAGCAGCAUCAGUCGGUCGGCGGAUGGAGAUGAAGGCGGAGGGAUGCUGGUGAUGUUAUAGGCAGGUUGCUGCAGGCUCGUGCCGCAUUGCCUGGCCGCCCGCGAGCGACACCGGGGAGACGGGUGAUGCUGUCGUCGUCAUUGGUGCCACAGAGAGACACAGGAGAGGAGAGGCUCUGACAUGGAGGGAGCGAGCGGCUGUUUGAGCUCAGGCCGCCCGGAUCAGCAGGUUGGAUGUGCCGCCUGAAGUCUGGAGGAGCCGAGGCAUGACAGACGCGGUGGUGAAAUCACAAUAAAGUUGAUAUCUUUGCUUUUGUUCUGUGCGUAAAAAGUGAUCCGUGCACGUAUGAUGAUUGUGCAACACAGGAGCAUCACAGCAUCAGCAGCAGCAGCAGCAGCGUCUGUGCCAGUUCAGGGUGGAUUACAGAGCAGCAGGCCUCCAUCUGAAGCCAGCUUCUGAUCAGGAGAGAAAAGAAAACCAGAGAAUAUUCUUCACCCUGUUGCUGGAGGUAACAAUUGAUCGUGCUGUUUCUCUGGCGUGGCCCCCCUUGGAGGGACAGCUGUUGCAAAAGAUGACUCACCUGCAGGCUGGCCUCUCUCCAGAGACUCUGGAGAAGGCCAAGGUGGAGCUGAAAGAGAAUCCGGAGACUUUGCACCAGGACAUUCAGGAGGUGCGGGACAUGAUCAUCACCCGGCCGGACAUCGGGUUCCUCAGGACAGACGACGCCUUCAUCCUCAGAUUCCUCCGGGCGAGGAAGUUCAACCACUUCGAGGCGUUCAGGCUGCUGGCUCAGUACUUUGAGUACCGACAGCAGAACCUCGACAUGUUCAAGAACCUGAAGCCGACCGACCCGGGGAUCAAGCAGGCCCUGAAGGACGGGUUCCCAGGCGUGCUCUCCAAUCUGGACCGAUACGGCAGGAAGAUACUGGUGCUGUUCGCAGCCAACUGGGACCAAAGCAGAUACACCUUUGUGGACAUACUGCGGGCGAUCCUGCUGUCGCUGGAGUCCAUGAUAGAAGACCCCGAGCUGCAGGUCAACGGCUUUAUCCUCAUCAUCGACUGGAGCAACUUCACCUUCAAGCAGGCGUCCAAACUGACUCCCAGCAUGCUGCGGCUGGCAUCGAGGGGCUGCAG